UCCGCCGCCAGCCAACUAGGGGUGCUAACCUGACCGCCUCUAUAGUCAGGGAUAUUCAGAUAAGAGUUCGCGACGGGCCGCGUGCUCCUCAUCAACUCGUGCCAAUCACGACGACGGGGACGGCGCGAUAGCAACCCAAAAGGCCUAAGGACAUGAUGAGCGUGCUUUGGAGCAUCGAGCGGCCAAUCGAGGAUCGAUUACUGGAACAUCCCACCGCCUCUUCCUGUGCCGCAAUCCCCCCCCUCUCCCACCCCUCGAACGCGAUAAAGCCAUUGAAACGGCCACGACGCCGGAGAGGUUUAGCUGAUUCCGCUGCAACCCCUUCAGCCCAAAGGAUGACAUGACUCCCGGGGCGCGCGCUUUUCUCGCAAGCCAAAAGCGAUAUUAGAUGUUACGCAGCCCCAAUUACCGGCAUGGAACUUCUCUGAACUGCUCGUAGGGCUGACGUACGCCGGCGCUAGAGAUCCCAUUGGCGCUGACGCGAUCCCGCCUCCUCGGCCACCAUAUCCUGCGAUGUUCAGGCACGGCAAAGCUUUUUUUGGUUCUUUUCCUUUUCUCUUUUCUUUUUUUCUGCAUCCCAUCUCGUGCCGCUAUCCACAUAAGCUAGCUGGCUAUCCGGUCUGCGCUGUAGUUUGGUUCUCCGCUGUACGAUGUAGCACUUGCUUUCCUGUUAAGGCUGCAGAUACAUGUCUCCUAGGCUGCCCAGGGACCUCUACCUACAUCGACGGAAUGGUGGGCGAUAACAUGCGGUGGGGAACAGGUAGAUUCCUACAUACCUACACAAAUCUGCGAAUGGGGUGGUAGAAUACCACCGCCCAUCACGCGUUACUAGUCGCCAGCGUGCCUAUGU